AAAAGGUGCAAUUGUAGAAUAAAGGAAUAUUCAAGUAAUUUAUGGCCCACCCCUACCGCAAGAUCCUUGUUUACUUGUCACUUCUUCACCACCCCGGGCAAGUCGACCUGGGUAUCUGCAGUGUAUAUACACAAUUUUUGCAAGCUUUUGGCUGCACUGAACUCAAAAUAUUUCGAUAAUUAUUGAUGGAUUUCACAUCCGGCCUGUCGUUCCCAUCAUCUCUUGCGCCUAAUGGAAAUUGUAGUAGCAACAACAAUUGUAGCAGUAGUUUCAAUCAUCGAUCAUGCUACAAUAAUAUCAGCAGUAAGGCCAAUUUGUUGAAGAAGCAAUCUUAUGUCUUCAGCAAAUACCAGUUGCGAAAUUUCAAGAUUCGACGUGUUCCUCGAAUUGAAGCUCAGUUGAAAGCUGAGCAACUAGAAAGCUCAGAAGCUGGUUGUGAAUCUGAUGGUCUUCAGUGGCCAUCUCCAAAUGAUGAAAUUCCAUUCUGGAAAGGAGACUUUCCAUCUUGGGACCUCAGUUCGGAUGCUUCUGCUGGAGUGGAGCAGGAUUCUGAUCUUUUGCACAUUGUUCAUGUGACUGCUGAAAUGGCACCUAUAGCAAAAGUCGGGGGUCUAGGUGAUGUUGUAACAGGACUUGGACGUGCCUGUUUAAAUCGUGGCCACAAAGUUGAUGUUAUGAUUCCUUUCUAUGAAUGUAUUCCAAAGCAUUGCAUCAAUGAGCUAGCCUUGAUGAAAACUUACAACUCAUAUCAUGAUGGAAACUGGGUUGCCUGUAAAGCAUAUCGAGGAGAAGUUUCGGGCGUUCCAGUGAUACUUAUUGAACCAUCCAACCACUUCUUCAAGGGAAAAAACAUAUAUGGAGGGUCAUACAAUGAAUUAGAUGCAUACUUAUUUUUCAGCCGUGCUUGCCUUGAAUGGAUGCAGGUAAAUGGAACACAACCAGAUAUCAUUCAUGUACAUGAAUGGCAGACAGGUGCUUUACCUCUGUUCUACUGGGAUAUGUACCAUUUUCUCUCACUCCAGAAACCGAGAAUUGUAUUGACUAUUCACAACAUGGAGCAUUAUGGAGAAUGCAGACAAGAGCAACUCAGUAAGUUUGGUCUUGAUGGAUCGGCCUAUGCAACUGAAGACAAGGCUGUAGAUGAUCGCACAGUUGGCCAUAAUCCAGAGAGGUUAAGUUUGUUGAAAGGUGGCAUAGUAUACAGCAAUGCUAUAGUUACAGUUUCACCAACCUAUCUCAAGGAGACACUCUGUUCUGGAUGGCUUUCUGGUGCUUUGAUGAGAAACCGUGAUAAGUAUUCUGGCAUUUUAAAUGGGAUCGAUACUGAAAUGUGGAAUCCAGCAACAGAUAUUUAUUUGCCUGCUAAAUUUGAUGCCAGCAAAACUGAAGGGAAGAGGAUAUGCAAACAAUUUGUUCAAAGGGGACUUGGUCUUCCUUUCCAAGGCAUCAAACACGGUAUUUGUGUGGCUGAUCAAAUACCUUUGGUUGUCUGCAUUACUAGAUUGGUUGCUCAAAAAGGUCUUCAUCUCAUCACUCAUGCGAUCAAGCACGUUGAAGAACUAGGUGGACAGAUGGUUGUUUUGGGGAGGGCUUCAGAUGAUCGAGUUGAGAGAGAAUUUGAAGGUUUAGCAGAACUGCAUAACAAGGGCUCCAAUAUCCGUAUCCUUUUGAUGUACAGCGAGGAGCUGUCCCAUAUGCUAUAUGCUGCUGCAGACAUGAUCUUGGUGCCUUCAAUGUAUGAGCCAUGCGGGCUAGCACAGAUGAUUGGAAUGCGUUAUGGAGCUGUUCCCAUAGUUAGGAAGACGGGUGGUCUCGCGGACACGGUUUUUGACAUGGAUGAUCAAUCUCACACUGAGAUUGCUAAUGGGUUUGUCUUUGAAGGAAUUGAUGAAGGAUCCUUAAACUGUGCAUUAGGCCGUGCAUUUUCUUACUAUCAAGAAAAACCAAAUGAAUGGAAAGCUGUCGUGCAGAAAGUUAUGCGUAUUGACAAUAGCUGGAAUAAUACAGCAGGGAAAUACAUAGAUAUCUACAAUUCCGUAAGAGUGAGAUAAAACAAUUUCCCAAGGCACAGAUCAUUUUGCGAUGAUGAAGAAAUAGAACCAGUUUAUCUUUAAUGUAUUUUUUUUUUCCCUUCAUAUAUAGACAAGUGUUGCAUUUUCCUCUGCUACCAGUUGAUCCAGCUUGUGAUAAAGUAAUGAUAACAAAUUCUCCUACGGUCUGUAAAUGUUUCCUUAAUUUCAAAUCUUUAAUGUGGAUCACAAGUGUUUGUCCAUGA